AUGCACAAAAACAUUCUCCACACCUGAUGCUAAGGGGAAGAAAAGAAGAAAUACAAAGAAACAGACAAUGAGAACCCUCAAGAAAAACCCAGAGACAUUACAUGAGAACUUUGAGUACAAGGAUUUGCAAAACACAGGUGUACUAGUUUUAGAUGAUGAGUUUAUGAGUCUGGUAUUCUACACAGAACGAACACUUCUAUGGUUAGAGGCUUUCAAGCAGUUCUAUCAGCGAAAAGGUAUGAAAGCAACAACAGCACGCCUCAAACAUGGAACUAAAAUAACUGUGUCAGAUUAUGUGACAGUAGAAGUCAGUGACUCAGGCAUUAUUACAGUCUUUGGAGAAGAGCUACAGGACUGGAGAGACAAUGAUUUUGAUCUGAUCAAAGGAACAUUAGUUUCUUUGAAAAUAACAUCUACUCCUGAUUCAUACUCUACAUCUCUGCCAUCUACCUCAACUCCUUGUAAUACUCACAGUAGUGGAACAUUACCCGCACAAACGCAAGAGGAUAUCUUCAUAAGCCAAUCCGAGGAAAUAGACACUGGCGAGGACAGUAUUAUCUUCUUCUUGGGUAAUGAUACUAUACCCAAUACCCAAGCUGACAGUGGUGAAUCUGCCCAAAUAUCUCAAUCUCAGUCUCUAAUACAGCCCACUGUUAUACCAGAAACUCAGCUUGAUACUCAAAAACCGCUUUCUCAAAAUGCAUCCCAACCAGCGACAGGAUCUUUGCAUUUAUCAAAUAUAUCUCCUACUCAGACAGAAUCCACUUCUAAACCUGACACACCAAGCAUAACAUCGGAGUUACAAUGUGAAAACAAAAAACUGAGGACUAGGAUUAUCUCUCUUGAAAAGAGGCUUGAAGAGGAAUCUAUUGAACACAGUCAACACAUUACUCAGCUGAAUGCCAAGUUGCAGGAUCUGCACUAUAGGCUUCAAUCAGCUGACAAGAAGAAAGAAGAUGAAAUUCAGAUGGCAAAACAACUCCAUGAACAAGAGACGAGAGAUCUGGC